CAUUGGCUCGAUCAUAUUGCAGAGUGGAGAGUAGAGACUUGAGAGUAGAGACUAGAGAGCAAAGCAGGAAGACAGCAAACGAAGCGAGGGGGCAUGGGAACAUCGUCAACAUUGUUGAAGAACAACUACUGGAUUCUCAGACAUGGAAAGAGUAUCCCUAAUCAGAAAGGCCUCAUCGUUUCCUCUUUGGAAAACGGGACACUUGCAGAAUAUCAGUUAGCCGAUGACGGUGUUGCACAAGCCCAAUUGGCUGGGGAGCUAUUGCUAAAGGAUUUGAAGGAUGCUAAUAUUCCAUUGAAAAAUGUCCGCAUUUGCUACUCCCCGUUUGCUAGAACAGCUCAUACUGCUAAAGUGGUUGCAUCUGUACUGAAUCUUCCAUUUGAAGGUAGUCAAUGCAAGGUGAUUGAAGAUCUUCGGGAACGUUAUUUUGGUCCUUCAUAUGAGCUUUCAUCACAUGAUAAGUAUCCAGAGAUAUGGGAACUCGAUGAGAAAGAUCCAUUUGAGCGGCCAGAAGGUGGUGAAAGUGCUGCUGAUGUUGUUUCACGACUAGUGAAGGCCAUGGAAGAAAUGGAGACUAUGUUUGAAGGAUGUGCAAUAUUGAUAGUCAGCCAUGGCGAUCCCCUCCAAAUGUUGCAGACAAUAAUCAAUGCUGCUAAGGAAAAAGAUGUAUCCAGUUCCAUUAACUUUUUGUCAAGUUUAGAAGCUGUUAAAGUUCAAUCUGUCAUAUCAAAGCAUCGGAAAUUUGCGCUGGAAACUGGUGAGCUGCGAGCAGUGAUUUGAAACCAUAUCUCCUCAAUAACGCUGGGUGCAUCAUUGUGAGUUCGAGAUGAAGAAAACAUAGAGGAAAACCUUGUUGCAACAUAGUACGAGCCAAAUGUUUCGAUGCUGGCUAUGAAUAUGAAACUAUAACAGUUGAUGAUCUUUCUGAUAUAAGUGAAAUUGGCUUCAAAUUUUUUGGUUAGCAGAAAUUAUAUAGGAGUAUAAUACAAAAACAAAAGAACAUUUCAUAAAUGAGUGAUGAAGGUGCAAGUUCGCGAUUAUGAUCUAAGGAAAAUAAUGAAAAUGAAUUCAGAGGACUGCACGUCUGUUUUCAUCAGGUGAGUUAGUUGAACGUCUGAGGCUGCCUAAAACUGAAAGUCCGCGAAUAUAUUUUGCAUAUUUCCGUGCUGUUGGCCUCUCCUAUUCUGUUUCUUUGAUAGUUUGUUGUCCUGAAAUUGACAUCCUAUAAUUAAUAUUAUUGGAUUAGCUAUAAAGUCAAAGCAAAGUGAUCUCAUAGUCAAGCUUUGAAAAUUAGAUAAUAGUUCAACUGCAUUUUACAUUAGAAAGAAUUUGAUAUCAUGUUUUAUUUUUUCUUCUGCUAAAUACCGGUAAUAUUAUAGUUGAGGAGUUGAACUAUGUACAACCUAUUCCACCUAAAUCCAUCUGACUAGACCAUUCAUCUAACCUAUAAAUACCCAUAAACUUAGGAAGUGUAUCAUAAUCCUAAGUAAACAGAAAAAUCCCUCUUAGAACAAGUAAGUAGUUUAUUUUACUGUUUUGCCAUUGAUUCUGUACUUGUUUGAUCCCCUGAGAUCAAACCAUGGGUUCUCGCUUGUUUCCUCUUGGAAUGCUGUUUGUUGCUUGUGUGAUGAGCACUGGGACAAUGCCGGUUGCAGCUCGUCACCUUUUAGAUGCUUCCUUACCAGAGCAUGAGCAUCCCAAGGCAGAGUUGCCAAAACCUGAACUUCCAAAGCCUACCUUGCCCGAGCUUCCUAAACCCGCAAUGCCCGAACUCCCGAAGCCCGUUUUUCCUGAGCUUCCCAAGCCCACAUUGCCUGAACUUCCCAAACCCACAUUACCGGAGCCCCUUAAACCCACUGUGCAUGAAUUGAAUGAGGCGCCCAAGCCUAUCGAGCAUGAAUUGCCCAAGCCUACACUGCCAGAGUUGCCAAAACCUAGUGUACCUGAAAUGCCUAAGCCCGUCUUACCCGAGAUACCAAAACCAACCUUACCAGAGCUCCCCAAACCCAUUGUGCACCAAGUACCCAAGCCAACACUACCGGAACUACCAAAGCCUAAAUCCGUUGAGGCGCCCAAGCCUACUGAGCAUGAAUUGCCAAAGCCUACAUUACCAGAACACCCUAAACCUAUUGAAAUGCCUAAACCCCAUUUGGACGAGCUUCCGAAACCUAAGAUGCCUCAACUUCCCAAACCUACUUUUCCCGAGCUGCCAAAGGACACCAUGCCAGAGAUGCCCGAGUUGCCCAAGCCCUCUCUACCAGCAAUGCCAAAACCCAGUGUUCCCGACCUACCUAAGCCCACAACUCCUCAACUCCCCAACUCAUCCAUCCAAAGCAAGCCUUGAAUGAUAGACAUAAAAACGAAUUUAAUAAUAAUGAUAAUUAUUUGAUAAAGCAAUAUUUUUUUACUUUGAUACCACUAUUUGGCAAUUUUUAAUUUUCCUUUAUCGGAUGGCAAAAAACUUUACUAUUUUUUAUGUGAAUUUUUUCCUUUGAACUUUGCACCAAUACUUGUAACAUUUCACCUCUUUGAUACUAUUAUAUACAAAAUACUUUGUAAUUUAUGUGUUUCCUCUUGGAUCGGAUGAACUUUA